AUGAAUAACCAGGGGUUUGUACCUAAUUCCAGGCCACCGAUAGGUGCGUCUGCCGGCGCUAACCAGAUCACACAGCAGGACCGCGUCCAGUUUGUGAACUUCAUCGUUGCGUCUAUCGCCAAAAUACAGGGCUCGAAUUUUUCACUCCAGAGAACAAAGCCUGUCGCAGAAGAGUACGAGAAGUUUGCGUUCAACAACUCGUCCACCAAGAGGGAAUAUGUUGACUAUUUGAAAAGCAAGAUCGCCAGCAUCAACCAGUCUCGCCAGAACGUCAUGCAGAAGCAGCAACAACAGCAACAGCAGACCCAACAGUCUCAGCAGCCACAACAACCGCAGCCCCAGAUGGCCCGGCCCACCUCACAACCGCAGAAAAUCGACAUUCAGAACAUUCCCAUUCCGCCAUCGCUACUUGCGAAGCUGCCACCACUUUUCCCGCAGGGUUAUAACACUUGGGCCAUGAUUAUGCCUUUUUUCAGGCAGAAGCAGAUGUCGCCGCAUGACAUGCAACUGAUCAAGGAAGUGUAUACCAUGCACACGCAAUUGAUUCGUGCGAAACAGCAGCAGGAGUUUUCGCAGAUGCACAAUGCCAUGCCGGGUCCCCAGGCCAACCAGGGCAUUUCUGCCGCCAAACAGAACGCUCCCAACCCGCAGCAGGUUCUGAUGUUGCAAAGACAACAGCAGAUGAAGCAGUCUAUGAUGCAACAGCAGCAGCCUAUGGUCGCGCCGCAACAGCCCCAGCAGCAGCACCAACAACCGCAACAACCACAACAGGCUCAACAGCCGUCUGGCAUGCGUCCGGCUAUAACUCCAGAACAGCUAGAAAGCUACAAAAACCAAGCAUUGCAAGUGAUCAAAAACCUUCAGGCUUCCAACAAGCUGCCUCCCAACCUAACGCCUGAGCAAGAGAACACAUACGUCAAGAGGUAUCUCUACCAUCUGCUCAACAACGCGAGACAGCAGCCUAAGGUCCCUGUUACUCAAAAUGGCAUGCCGGUUCAAAGCCAGGUGGUGCCGCAAAGCCGGCCACAGCAGAAUAUUCCGAUCAACAAGCAGCAGAUUCCGAUUCAGCAGCAGCAAAAUAUGAUGAUGCAGAUGCAACAAAACCAUAUGAAGGUGGCGUCUCAGGGCCAGUUUAAUCCGAUGUCUGCCCAAUCGCAACCUGCACUGCAGACGAUGCCUCAAGGCCAGCCUCAGCAACUUCCAACGAAUCAGAACCAGAACGGCCGCACGGGCCAAAGUGGGCAGCAAUUUGGAAACCACAUGCCAGGCCAGCCUCUAGCUCAGCGUCAGAAACCGGCAAUGCAGCCCGGAAAUACUGGUCCUCGUUUAUUUACGGGCGUGCAAGCCACGGAUGAUGACUGGAGACGGCUCAAGGCUAUCUACCAGGAAGUGGCAGCCACGCCUAUUAAUCUCAAAGACCUGACGGACGAGAUUUCUGAGCAAGAGAAACAGCAGAUCAUCAAGACGAUGAAGCAGUGUCAGCAGCUUGUACUUAUAUCGGAGACAAUUAUCAUUCCUAAUUUUUACAUGAUGACCAAGAGUUAUGAGGGUACAAAAAAAUUGAUGUACAGCCAACUGAUGAUCAAACAGGUACUAGAACGACUAAAGAAUGGCGGACGCUUCUAUGCUAAUUAUGAUUUGCUCACCAAGGUGCAAACGCAAAUCACUAGAUUCCUUGCGUAUGUGAAGGAGCAAAACUCCAAAAUGCUUAAGGGACAACAGCAGCAGCACUCUGUUCCCGUCCAAAACUCCAUCCUACAGCCAGGAAUGGUGCCUCCUCAGAAUCGGUAUAUGAUGCAACAACAACCUGGAAUGAACGUGUCCACCUCUGCUUCACCUGUUAUGCAGCGUGUCAGUACACCGCAGCAGCAGUUUAUGCAGCAUCCAUCGAUGAGCAUGAACACCGGCGCAGUUCCCCAGCAGUUCCAGCAACUUUCUGAGCAACGACAGAUGCCUAUGAUGGGGCAGAGUGCUGUUACUGGAAAGAUUCCAGCACACUUUAUGCCUGGGCCUCCCGGGGGCAUGAUGCCUAGCCAACAGCCGACGUCCGCCCCUGUUGUGACGGACGCCAAGAAGCAGCCUGUUCGGAAGAAGCCUGCUAAGCCUGUGGCCACUUCUGCUCCCACGCCGAAAGAUAAGACCAUUCCUCUUACUCAACCAGGCGCUGUUCCUGCGUCGCUAGGUUUGAGCUCAGCUCCGUCCAGCUCUGCCGCAAACGGGGCUCUGUCUUCUGAGGUGCAAUCGAUAAUGAAGGAGGCUACAGAGAUGAUCGCGAAGGAGGAGUCCAAGCUGCAUGCGAUUGACCAGCAAAGAAACAGACGUCGUGAGCUAGCAGGCGUAGAUCCUGCGCGUUAUGUGCUUGCCGUUCUUGCCGAUACGCUCAACUUGCCAGAGGAGGAGAGCAAGAUUUUUGAAAUGGCCAAGUCGUCGUCGUUGAAGAGCCGGACUCUGGGCAGCAAUGCGGCACAGGGUAACAAGGUGCUUACUCCUUCUGCCAUUUUGACGACACCUCUUCCAUUCAACGUGAAGACGCCAACUUCGUUCAAGUACUACGGCUCUGCCAUUACUCCGGCUGGCUACAAGGGUGGACAUUGGCAGGGCAAAGUGAACGCCAUUGUGAUUGCUGGGGUUUUCAGAGAGGUUGUCUCGGUGGUUCCCAAAGAAAGGCGCGAGAGUAGUCGCAACAAUCUGGGCACCGGGCUUCUCAGCGACCUGAGCUCUUCCGUCUAUCCUACGCCUCCAGACGAGGAGACACAAGGCAAGCGGAAAAUCGAGGAAGUUGAGACUGAGAGAAAAAAGACGAAGGUUGGCAACGGCGCAAACGAUCAGGACGACCUGGAUGAUCUGUGGAACUUCGACGGGUGGUGA